AUGGAAAGACAACAACAAGAAAAACAAAAAUUUAAGAGAAUUCAAAAUCAUCGGGCCUAUUCAGCAAUUAACCCUACCACCAGUGAUGAUAAUAAAAAUGAAACAAAGGAACAAGUAGGGAUGAGGGGAAUGCAAAGAAGACAUUCUUAUGAUAUAAAUUAUUAUAAACGAGAACUUGAUCGUCAAGCUUAUCCACCAUCUCCUCCAUCAAUUAUUACCGUCAGCAGUACUAGCGCUAGUAGUAACAUUAAUACAUCUUCUCCAACUUCAUUUUUGCCACCUUCAUCAUCAUCAAAACAGACACCUCAUCAUAAUUUUCAAAAUUUUGAAGCUACUUUAGGAUUUUCAAGCCCGGUACUUACAAGUGAAAAUCAUUUUUGUCCAUUAAAGGCUUUUCUUUAUAAUAUGCAUGAGACACUUGAAGGAUUCAAUUAUAAUAUGGUGGUAUAUGAUCUGGGAUUAUCAAUGGAGCAUAUGAUGGUACUGGAAGAAUUAAAGAAUUCAAAUUAUAUAAGUGAUUUAAGAGUAUUUAAUUUUAGUAAAUAUCCUUCAUUUUGGGAUAUUAAAAAUGCAAGAGGUGAAUAUGCGUGGAAACCUGGAAUGAUUAAAGAGGUAUCAGAAGAUUAUCCUGGCACACUUGUUUGGUUGGAUUCUGGCACAAGAAGAAGUCAAAAUGAUCGGGCCUAUUCAGCAAUUAACCCUACCACCAGUGAUGAUAAUAAAAAUGAAACAAAGGAACAAGUAGGGAUGAGGGGAAUGCAAAGAAGACAUUCUUAUGAUAUAAAUUAUUAUAAACGAGAACUUGAUCGUCAAGCUUAUCCACCAUCUCCUCCAUCAAUUAUUACCGUCAGCAGUACUAGCGCUAGUAGUAACAUUAAUACAUCUUCUCCAACUUCAUUUUUGCCACCUUCAUCAUCAUCAAAACAGACACCUCAUCAUAAUUUUCAAAAUUUUGAAGCUACUUUAGGAUUUUCAAGCCCGGUACUUA